AUGAAACCACUUGACAAACAGCAACAAAAGAGUCAUGAUCGGUCAACUGUUUGUCAUAUUUGCGAAAAAACAAUAGCCUCUGACAAGGAGAAAUGCUAUGAUCAUUGCCAUUUUACUGGUAACUAUCGCGGACCUGCACACAUCUCAUGCAAUUUAAAUUAUCCAAAAUCUCACACGAUACCAGUAGUAUUUCACAAUUCAUCUGGGUAUGAUUCGCAUUUCUUAAUUAAAUCAUUAGCAACAGUUUUUGAAGGUAAAGUUACAUUGUUGCCAAUUAAUAAAGAGCGAUAUAUAUCAUUUACAAAGACAAUUGAUAAUAUAUCUGUAUCUUUACGCUUUAUCGAUUCAUUUAGAUUCAUGGCAUCAAGUUUAGAAAAAUUAGCAUCUUAUCUUGAUGAUGACAAUAAAAAAAUUACAAGACUUCAUUACCCAGAUCCGGAAAAAUUUCAACUAGUCACUCGCAAGGGUGUAUUCCCGUAUGAAUAUAUUACAAACAUUGAUAAGCUUAAUGACAAACAGUUGCCCGAUCAAAAUUCAUUUUUUUCUAAAUUAUCCAAUACUGGUAUAACUGACGAUAAUUAUUCAUUUGCUCAACUUGUCUGGAAUAAAUUUAAUAUCAGUACAUUGGGUGAGUACUCUGAUCUGUAUCUGAAGGCGGAUGUACUACUCUUGGCCGAUGUAUUUGAAAAUUUCAGACAUAGUUGUUUAAAUAACUAUAACUUAAAUCCGCUGCACUACUAUACAGCACCCGGAUUAGCUUUCGAUGCAAUGCUGAAAUACACCAAUGUGGAACUUGAACUGUUGACUGACCCCGAAAUGGUACUUUUCAUUGAGAAAGGUAUACGAGGUGGAGUGUCUCAGUGUACUAAUAGGCAUGCGAAGGCCAACAAUCGGUACAUGGGUGAUGAAUUUGACGUUAACAAACCCGAGUCAUAUUUGAUGUACUUCGACGUGAAUAAUUUGUGUGGUGCGGCAAUGAGUAUGCCACUACCCAAAGGCUCAUUUAAGUGGGUAGAUGAAAAUGAUUUAAAUGAUGUAGAUAAUUUUGUAAAUACCAAUGAUACUGUAGGAUAUAUUUUAGAAGUAGACUUGCACUAUCCUCAGGAGCUACAUGAGCUACACAAAGAUUUACCAUUGUGUCCUGAGCACUUUUUACCACCAGGUAGCAAGUCUACUAAAUUAUGUACCACUCUGUUUGAUAAAAAUAGAUAUAUUAUUCACUAUGAAAAUUUAAAACAAUGUUUAGAUUUAGGUAUGAAAUUAAAAAAAAUUCAUCGUAUACUCAAAUUUGAGCAAUCCCCAUGGCUAAAGACAUACAUUGACAAGAAUACAGACUGUAGGAAGGCUGCCCAAAAUGAGUUUGAGAAGAAUUUCUUCAAUCUCAUGAAUAACGCAGUCUUCGGUAAGACUAUGGAGAAUGUUAGGAAACACAAAGAUGUUCAAUUGGUUACUAGAUGGUCUGGUCGAUAUGGUGCAUCAGACCUCAUUUGUAAGCCUAACUUUCAUAGUCUUACCAUCUUUGACAAAGACAUGGUUAUAGUGGAAAUGAAAACAACCCAGGUAUAUUUUGAUAAACCCAUUUACACUGGGUUCGCGAUUUUAGAUUUAUCAAAAAUAUUUAUCUACGAUUUCCACUAUAACUAUGUCAAACAGAACUUGACAAAUCAACAAUCUAAGUUGAUGUAUACGGACACUGACAGUUUAAUUUACCACUUUACCGUACCAGACAUCUACGAAAUCAUGAAACGUGAUAUUUCAAAAUUCGAUACCUCGGACUACCCCCCUCAAAACUCGUACAAUAUGCCGCUAGCAAACAAAAAGGUCCCAGGUCUGAUGAAAGAUGAGAAUAAUGGGAAAAUAAUGACUCAUUUCAACGGACUUCGGGCCAAGCUAUGCGCUUAUAAAAUUUUAAAUGACGAUGAAACCAAAAAACGAGCAAAGGGAAUCCGAGGUCCUACGUUGCGAACUAUCACGUUUGAUGAUUUCAAUAGAUGUCUUCACGAUCAUAUUAACUUGACGAAAAAACAGUACUUAAUCAAAAGUUCAAAACAUGACGUGACGACAGUAGCACAGUACAAAAUUGCCUUAAGCUGGACAGAUGACAAACGACAACUGUUGGACAACUCAACUGACACAUUGCCAUGGGGAUUCAAAUCAAAUGAUGAUAAAGAUGAGAACGAUGAUGAUGAAAAUGUUGUUGCUAUUAAAAAAAGAAAAAUUUUGUAA